AUGGUGGACCUCUUCGUCGACUGGUUCGUCGAGAACGACAAGCUAGCCGCCAUUCGCGCCAUGUCCGCGGCGCUCUGGAAGGCCACGGAGUCCAUCAUCACCGACCUGUCCUGGAUCGACGAGACGACGCGCAAGAAGGGACUCGAACACAUUCGGCGUCUCGGUCACGCCGACAUGUUCACAACGGUGCACGACGCCCACGCGAGGCGACGGCUGGAGCUGCUGAAGGGGACCAAACCCUCGGUGAGACAGGAGGACCUGAGCAGCGAUGAUCUGGUGAACGCGUCUACGUGCCAUUCCACUGGGUCUCAUGGACGGCAUCAUGUUCGCCCCUUCUAUACGCUCACGGUGCCCGAGUCGGUCAACUACGGCGCCUUGGGUCACGUGGUGGGCCACGAAGUGACACACAGCUACGACCCUGUGCUCGGCGUCUUCAAACGCAUCCGGCUGAAGGACGACUGGUACGGCGACAGUGCUCUGUCCGAGAACUUCGCCGACUGCGGCGGCUUGGAGAAGGUGAUGAGGGCCUUGCGCGAACUGGGCCCGCAGCCUGGCGUAACGCUGGGCGAGCACAGCUUUACGGCCCAGCAGGCGUUCUUCGUCAGCAGCUGCUUCAAGUGGUGCGCCAAGUACGUUCCGAAGCCUGCGGCCGGCGAGCAGCCCGACGACAUUGCGAAGAUCUACUCGCCCUUGAACAUGCGUUGCAACGUUCCCCUGAUGAACACGGCGUUUGCCGACGCCUUUGGCUGCGCACCGGGCACGAUCAUGAGCCCGAAAGUGCGCUGCCAACUCUUCUGA